GUCUGGACGUCGAUAGCCUUCUUUCACAUCGACAACCCUUUCCUUCAACCACUUCGCUUCUUUAACCGCAGGUCGGGAUUACCUGCUUCCAUUCUUUCGAAGCUGGGUUGUUUGACGCGCUGGAUCGCUACAAAAAAACGACUUUUACGACAUUUGCAUCAUCGUCUGUGUUUGGAUAAUACGAGUGAUUGGACUGGGACGAAAUCAUCAUCAUUGAGCGUUGCGUGAAAAAGACAUCAUCACCUGCGAAGGAUACCGAAUUAGAGGAGCAAGGAAGAAAAAGGUCAACUUGGAAGCGAAGUCAGUUCGAAGAAAAGGGAAACUUAUAAGAUACCCGACAGAGAGACUGUAUCUUUCGUCAUCAAUAAUCAGCCGUCAACAUGGGAAAACUCAUCAAGAACCACUGGGCGAGACUCAUUAUCCUGGCCGCUGGAACUUACCAAGUCGCAGCCGCACUUGAGGGUUUCUUCUGGCCCAAGAUCUUCUGGGAUUUCCUCACAAAAACGCUAGACGCCGCCGUCAAGCCGAUACCGAUUCUGCAAAUCAUCAACCUCAUAUUCGGACUCUUGCUCAUCGCUUGGGAGUGGCCGCUUGGUUUCAUCGCCGGAUCCAGCUUUCACCGCAGUCUCGAGGCCCGCCUGGCCGUCCUCCCGCUUACCGCCCUGGCUGCCGCGCUCAUCUACCAAGGGACGAACGCUGCUAUUUAUCAGGUGAUUGGACUGGGCGUGUACUUUUGGGCAUACAGUGAGGGAGAGAUGAUAUGCGCAAAGCCUUGGACACUACCACAGCGUGGUGGCAAGUCCGGACGUGUAUAAUACCCAUAACCGUACAUAUCAGCGAUCCAGCAAUCAGCAUCCUGUGACGAAGGACACGACUCUUCCAUGACAUCUCAAAAACAUG